AGCGGAUGCAGCGCCCAUAACUGAAGUUAACUAGAAACAGAUCCAGGCUAUUUACUAUGUAUAGCGGCUCACUAACACUGCCAUUUGUGCGGGACAUUUAAACGCUGCUGGGAUUCGAGUUUAAACGGACGCGUUUGUAGGGUUUUCCGGCAAAUAAACGGGCGCGCGCAACGCUAAAAAAAUCAUACAUAUUUUUCCUAAUGAAUUGGAAGAUUUGUACAUAAAUAUAUGCAUAUACAAUAUUUGUAUGUGAAGUGUUUUCCUAUUUUCUUGUGCGAAGCUAGUGUAUAGUGUGGCGCACAGUGUUGCGUGUUGACCGUGGAUGCGGCGUGAUUACAGUUGAGACGCGCGCUUACUUACUUACUUGCUAACUUACGUUUGGAGUCAUAUGCCGAUAUUCGCAAUUACCUGGGAAAGUUUAGCAUUGUCGUGGUCAUUGGCGUUGUCGUGGUCGCUUGCGUCGAAGUGAAGCGCAUUUUUCAUUUGCAAUUAUUGUGAUUUGCAUAUCGUCGCAUUGAAAUAAUGAAAUUGCAAAGAAAACACACAGUGCGAAUUCACUUGCGGUUGAACUAAAAAUAAAGCGAAGUGUAAACAAAUAAACGGCGAAAAUUUUAAUAUUGCAUUAGAAAAAGUGUGAAAAACGAAGAAUAAACAUCGAAUAUUAAGCGUAUACGCAGGAAAUGACCGAUACCAACAAAGUACUUGCAUCGUUUGCACGUUUAGCUAUGGCCGCGACAGCUACCACCCUAGACCCAAACAGUUGGGACGCAAGUGCACUAAAAUCAAACGCAGCUUUAUCCAAUGCCAGCAGCGCGCUCUAUGCGCUAAUCAACAACAGUUCCUCCAAUUCAUUUGACGAUCCAUUCGCCGCCUACAACUACAACUAUGACAAUGCACAAAAUGGCUCGCUUCAUCACUUUUACGACCUGGGUCCCACGCGGGAUUCACUCAAGAUCGUAAUACCGGUGACGAUCAUUUACAGUUUGAUAUUUGUAAGCGGUGUUAUUGGAAAUAUCAGCACCUGCAUUGUUAUCAAGAAAAAUCGUUCCAUGCAUACAGCCACCAACUAUUAUCUCUUCAGUUUGGCCAUCUCUGAUUUUUUGCUUUUGCUCUCCGGAGUUCCACAAGAGAUGUACUUCAUCUGGUCGAAAUAUCCGUAUGUUUUUGGCGAAUACUUUUGCAUCGGUCGCGGCGUGUUGGCUGAGACUUCAGCAAAUGCAACUGUGCUCACCAUAACCGCCUUCACGGUGGAGCGAUAUAUGGCCAUCUGCCAUCCAUUUCUCGGGCAGGCUAUGUCGAAAUUGAGUCGUGCCAUCCGCAUCAUUGUACUCAUAUGGCUAGUUUCGGUGCUGACGGCCAUACCGCAGGCGGCCCAAUUCGGCAUUAUCAUGCUGAAUGGCAUCGAGAAAUGCGCUGUGGUGCGAAAUAUCAUUCAACACUCAUUUCAGCUGUCCACUUUCAUUUUCUUCUUUGCUCCAAUGUCCAUCAUUUUGGUAUUAUAUUUGCUGAUUGGCCUGCGAUUGCAUCGCUCAAACUUAAUGGGUGCCACGGGUGGUGAGGUCGAUGGUGGCGGCUUUGGUUACAUUAGUACGGGCGUGAAAGCGGUGAACGGUAGGGGAAGUAGCGGAAGCGGCAGGGGCAGCGGCAGUGGACGGCUUCCCUUUGGUAGCAGUAGUUUCGCCCGAACGAGCGGAACACGCAAAGGCAACGGCCGCAUGAGCAUGCAGAGCACACAGAGCGAUACGAUGCUCUAUCGUUAUACGGGCGGGAGUCAGUUGAGCGCUGUGCGUGGGCGGAUGAAUCAUUAUGGAACGCGUCGCGUGAUCAAGAUGUUAGUGGCCGUUGUCAUAUGCUUCUUCUUGUGUUGGGCACCGUUUCAUGCACAACGGCUCAUCGCCGUUUACGGCACGGCUGUAAUGGGUGGCAGCAGUGAGAGUGGAGCUGGUGGCGCGGGUUCUGCCGACGAUAAGAAUCAUCAUGUGGUGAUAUACACCGUUAUGACAUAUGUCUCUGGUGUACUUUAUUACUUGUCGACAUGCAUCAACCCGCUAUUGUACAACCUAAUGAGCAACAAGUUUCGGCAGGCUUUCAAGUCGAUAUUGUUUCGAAAGAAAUCCACUGGUUCUCUCAAUUAUCGACGAGCUCAACAAUCGCAAAAUUUACGUCGAAAUCCUACGCUCACUUCGAGUACGCAGCGGGAAUCCAGCGAUUCGGAGGCACAAUUGAAACACUCGGUGUUACAGGCUGUAUUGGAUGAGCGCAAAUCAAAAAACCAAGUUUUGCCAUAGAACGAGUAGUACAAAGAUGGGUCUGGACUAGGAAAGGUAAUCCCGGUAUUUUUUAACUCCCGUAAUUUACACUGGUGGCAAUGAUAGAAACGCCUUAUGUUGACCAGUUUUGG